AUGGCGCCAUCAUCAAUAACAAGCUUCCCGCCCGAUGUGGUGCCUCAAGCCCCAGAAGACCCUCUGUUUGGGCUGAUGAGGGCAUACAAGGCCGACCCGAGCCCCAACAAAGUCGAUUUGGGUAUCGGUGCCUAUCGAGACGACAACGGGAAGCCUUGGGUUUUGUCAGUGGUCCGGAAGGCCGACGAGAUUCUGCGCAAUGAUCCCGAAGCAAACCACGAGUAUCUUCCCAUUGCCGGUCUUGCGUCACUUACCGGCAAAGCUGCCGAGCUGUUGCUCGGGCCGUCGGCGCCCGCCAUCUCGGAGAAGCGGGUAGCUUCGGUGCAGACCAUUUCCGGGACCGGUGCCGUGCACUUGGGCGCCCUCUUUUUGGCCAAAUUCUACAAGAUCGAUGGCGUGCAUCGCACCGUCUAUCUCAGCAACCCGACCUGGGCAAACCACCACCAGAUCUUUACAAAUGUCGGCCUGCCGAUUGCCACGUACCCGUACUUCGACAAGGAGACCAAGGGGCUAGACUUUGAAGGGAUGAAGCGGGCCCUGGCCGAUGCUCCGGCCGGCAGCAUCAUCCUGUUACACGCUUGCGCCCACAACCCGACCGGCGUUGACCCCUCGCCCGAGCAGUGGCGUGAGAUUGCAGCGCUGAUGAAGGAGAAGAAGCACUUCCCCUUUUUCGACACUGCCUACCAGGGUUUCGCCUCGGGCGACUUGGACCGUGACGCUGGGUCCAUCCGCUUAUUCGUCGAGCAGGGCGUUGAGCUCGUGAUCGCACAGUCGUUCGCCAAGAACUUUGGCCUGUACGGCGAGCGCGCCGGCUGCUUCCACUUUGUAGCCGCGCCCUCAUCUGAUGCGGCCGAGAUCACCAGCCGUGUCGCCUCGCAGCUUGCCAUCCUGCAGCGGUCCGAAAUCAGCAACCCGCCCAUCUAUGGCGCGCGAAUCGCGUCGAUUGUCCUGAACGACCAGGCCCUCUUCGCCGAGUGGCAGGAGAACCUCCGGACCAUGUCAGGCCGCAUCAUUGCGAUGCGUCAGGCGCUGCGGUCUAAGCUCGAGGAGCUCGGUACGCCCGGCAAAUGGAACCACAUCACGGACCAGAUUGGCAUGUUCAGUUUCACGGGCUUGACCGAGGCUCAAGUUCUUAAGCUGCGGUCGGAUUUUCACAUCUACAUGACAAAGAAUGGCCGGAUCAGUAUGGCAGGUUUGAACACUAGGAAUGUCGAGUACGUCGCUAAGGCUAUAGAUAAGGUGGUGCGGGAGCUCCCGUAG